UCUGCCUCCUAUUCCCAUGCAGAGUCCUCUAGUUGAGAAGACAAAGAUCAGGCCCUGAGAUCACACAGCAUGGCCACCAGGGAUUUGGCUAUAGGAAUGGUCCUGCUACUACACACCGCAGUCGGAGGUUUGGGGAAUUUCUCUCUGCUUUACCAUUAUCUCUUCCUUUACUUCACUGGGUACCGACUGAAGCCCACAGAUUUGAUUGUCAACAACCUGACUGUGGCCAACAUUUCAGUUCUGUUUUCUAGUGGAGUCUCCCAUACCAUGUCAUCUUUUGGGUGGUAUCAUCAUCUCAGUGAUUUUGGAUGCAGACUUAUUUACUAUGUCCGUGGAGUGGGCAGGGGUGUGUCCAUCGGCACCACCUGCCUUCUCAGCGUCAUCCAAGCGAUCACCAUCAGCCCCAGCAACUCCAGGUGGGCAGAGCUUAAACAUAAAGCUCCCAAGUACAUUGUCCCUUUAAUUUUUCUGUACUGGAUCCUGCAACUGUUGGUAAAUGUUGUUUUUCUUAUAUUCCUGUCUAGCAAUUUGAGCCACAAAAAUAUCACAAAUACAAAAAGGUUUGGGUACUGUUCAUCUGUUCGUCAUGAUGAGACGAUGGACUCAUUGUAUGCAGCCUUGUUAACAUCCCCUGAUUUUUUAUGCUUUGUGCUCAUGCUCUGGGCCAGCGGCUCCAUGGUCUUCAUCCUGUACAGACACAAGCAGAGGGUCCAACACAUGCACAGGACCCACCUCUUUUCUCAGUCUUCGCCUGAGUCCAGGGCUACAAAAACCAUUCUUCUCCUGGUGAGCACAUUUGUCUUUUUGAACACCCUCUCCUCCAUCUUUCAUAUUGCUUUAUCUAUUUUAAAUAAUCCCAACUGGUUCAUUUUGAAUACCACUUCUGUACUCUCUCUGAGUUUCCCAACUGUCAGCCCUUUCCUGAUCCUGAGCCGUGACUCCACUGUCUCCAGGGUCAGCUUUGCCUGGCUAAGGAAUGUCAAAUCCCCUAGUAUUAUGAGAAUUAUGUAA